AUGGGCCAAAACGUGUCCAAGUCCCCCACUUUGCAGACAUGCAGCCAUCAGCUUGGAAUGUGCUACCCUAUCUUGGACACCGUGAAGGUGGAGUUCCCCGUGCAGCGGGUGGAAAGUGACACGGUUGUUGCGAAGGACGCCCAGCUCAUCCCCUCCAGCCGGGUGUUGCACGCAGCACUUUGCGCCAAACGAGAAAACCAAGUGGACCGAGGCAUGUUGGCGAAGGCGGAAUGGGAGAAGCAGUUGCGCGCCAAGAUUGAGGCGCGCGCACGUGAGCGCGCAGAGCUCGCCGAGCCAGAGGAGCCUCCCGAGCCCGAGCCCAGCUGUCGGAAUGAUGAGCGGCAGCAAGCCCUGGCAGCCAUUCAGGCCGACAUGAAGGGUGGUCAGCUUUGGGACAGGUCCCAGGUGCCGGUGUUGAAAGAGGAAGACGAGUCCACUGAGGAGGAGUCCACCAAUGCCGAGUUGACCGAGACUUCUUGCGAGAAGCUUUCGUCUCAGAGAUGCGGUGACUCACAGACCUUCACCACCCAGGCAACGAGCUGCAUUCAAGACGGCGCCGUAUCCGGGCAUGGCAAGGUCGAAGCCUUUCUUUCGAAGCACGGCUUUGGCAGUGUAAAUGCUAAGAAACGCAGAUUCCUCCGCUCCACGUACCCUCUUCACAUCGCAGCUUCCACAGGUGAUGCCCAGAUGGUGUCCCUGCUUCUUGAAGCAGGCGCAGAGAAGGAUCAAAAGAACUCCGCGGGGCAGACCGCCGCCCAAGUGGCACUGAAGGCGAACCGGAAGGGUUCCCAUCGUGAUGUGCUGCUGGCCCUCGGAGCGAUGCAAUGA